AUGUGCGUUCUGGCUCAGCUACACCCUGGAGAAGAGUUUGCCACAAAGGAAGACCUAAGGGUCCUAAUAUCCAGAAUCCAGUCUCAGGAUGCCAAAAUUCAAUCACAGGAAACCAAAAUUCAGUCACUGGAAGCACAAUUAAAGGCAAAACAAGAUCGCACGACGCUGAUUAGUUUCAGAGCUGGAUUUGUACAUGAUCCAGUCCCGUUAAAAUUCAGCAACGGUCAGAUCGUUAUUUUCGACAAAGUUUACCUCAACGAUGGCAACGCGUACAUCGCACACUCGGGCAUGUUUCACGCACCAGUUUCUGGACUGUAUAUAUUUACUCUGCAUGUUUUGCCAUCGUCUUCAGAAAUGGAAUUUAGUAUAAUUAAAGAUGGUACACCAGUAGCAUACAUGGUCUCCACUAGUUCGGGAGGAACGGAAAGCAUCCAAACAGUGAUACACCUUCACAAAGGGCAAGAAGUUUGGAUUGUGAAGCACUGGGGUGGCGACACUUUACGUGGCUACCAGUUAACUACUUUCAGUGGCUUUCUCCUUAGAACUGACGAUGACAACACUCUUGUUUCAAACGGAGGAUCACUCGUCGUGGGAUAG